UUAUGAUAAAUUCACAAUCCUGUGUGCAAAAAAACCCUAAGAACUCAAACCACUUGUGAAUUAGUGUCUGAAUAAUGUGAACUCUGCAAAUUUAGGAGAUGAAUAUAGAAUUUGCCAAUUCACUCCUAAAAUAGAAGAAUGUGUUGCUUUCACUUCACUUACCAAUUCAUGCUGUGUAAUAACUACUCUCACCAUCAUAAGCUUUUUUGACUCAUUUCAUUUCAUGCUGCUUUAUGUGCUCGUCCUUUUUUCGCCCUGUAAAGCAUAGCCAUCCCACUAAUCCCCAAAAAAAGAACAAACCUUUAAUCUAGAAUUAAUGGAAUAAUAAACCAAGGAGAGAGAGAGAGAGAGGUGUUUUCAAAAUUGUGUCAUGUUUGGCUCCAGCAGCUAUAUUUCUUUUACAGAUCUGUGGCCUUAACCCCUCGCAUUCUGCUGAAUGAGAAAUGGGGUUUUACUUUCUUGAUUAAAGAUUUGAUUUUUAUUUAUUCUUUUCGAAUAGAAAGUUCUUACUUGACUCUGAAUAGACAUCUAGAACAAAAGGGUUUAUCAAGAACACGAUUUGCUCUCUGCCCUUCUUCUUGCUUGCACAGUUCCUGCAAAAAUCUAUGUGGGGUUUCCUUAUUUUGCAUGAAAAUUGUGCCCAGUUCAAAAAAAAUUGAAACUUGGUUUAGUUUUGCUUAGGACAAGUUGUGAUUGUGUUGUUGCAAAGAUGAUUCCUUUGUUCUUUCUGGUUGUGUGUGCGGAGGGUUUGGUUGCAUUCCUUUUAAUGGUCAAGAUUGGUCCGUUUAGGGAGCUUGUAAUAAAGGGGUUGGAUCAAGUGAAGAUGAGAAGGGCCACAGUUCUAACCAUUGCGGGAACCAUCUUUGUCAUUUUGUUGUCUGAUUUAUUUAGCAUUCUCAAGAUUCAGAACAAGGGCACGAAACACGGAACGAUGACGCCGAUGGAUCAAGUUCUUUGGAGGACAAACUUGCUAGAGGCAACUCUGAUGGGCUUUUCGCUGUUCCUCGGGUUUUUAAUUGAUCGUAUGCAUCAUUACAUACAAAAAUUGAUAAAACUGAGGAGCAACACCGGAGUUUCAAAGCAAGAAGUCGAGAAUCUUGAGAAAGAGAAGCUGCAGCUCAAGGUGAAGGAAGAAAAAGCUUCUGCUGAAGUGAAGAAGCUAAGGAAGGAGAUAUCGAGUCUGACUGAGAAUUUGAACAAGCUCAAGUCGGAGUCAGCUGAAAAGGACAAGAAAGUCGAGACUGCAGAAGGCCAUGUUGCUGCGCUCCAGAAACAAGCAGCAGAUCUACUACUCGAAUACGACAGACUUUUGGAGGACAACCAAAAUCUUCAAAACCAAGCACUAGGUCACCGGAGUUGAGCCGUUGCUGGUGAGAAUCUUGAAAAUUUUAUUCAAGUGUUUGAUUAGAGGCACGCUUUUCGUCGUGGAAGCAAGGCGAAUAGAUUGGAGAGAAGUUCAGGUUAGUCAAGUCACCAAAUGUGUUCACCUAUUAUUCUGUCAGUUUCAGAGAUUUCGGUUGUGAAUGUUGUUAGACUUUUGAUAUUUGAUCUAAGUUUUUCUCCAGUUGCAAAAUCCAGUUUAUUUAAGUUGUGACAUUGAUGUAACCCAAAUAGGAGCAUUCUUGUCUUUCCAGACAUAAAUGUUACUGCAGAAAAGGAAAAUGCAAGAGAUGAGCUAUUCACUUCUAA